AUGAAACUCAGAGCUCUACUACGAGAUAAGGACGUGACGGAAGUGGCAGCAACGCUGGAAUUGAUUAAGCCAGGUGUCCGCGAGCUCAGCUCGUAUUUGACUACGCAUGAAACAAAGAAGAAAGGUGACGGAAAAUCAAUCCAGUGGAUGUCGGACACGGAAUAUAUUUGGGAGGUUGUGCGCUUCCGACUACCGGAGUCCGUCGUUGAAGACGCUCUAGCUAAACUGAGAGGUGGUUUGGCAAAAGGGGAGGAGAGUGAGCUGGACAGUGAUGGAGGGGUGACACGCGAAACGGAAGGUUACGUGGCCGCCAUUGAGAGAGUUGGCAGAUUUACCCGGGUGCAGUUAGAAGCGAUGCAGUCGCUGUGGAAUUGGCAGGCUACAUGCCGGAAUGCGGUACUGUGUCGCACAUGGCUAAGCCAAGACGUGAAAGGUAUCGUAGCGGACCCCGCCCCCCCUGGGCUGUUUCUUGGCAAAGUACUCGAGUGCUGGCCAUACACACCGCUACAUGGCUUUGGCUUCGACCUGACCUACGCAGACCUUUUCUGCUUCAGACACUCCGCUUGGCUGAACGACAACGCCUUGCGGGCGUUUACCGUGUUUCUGUCUACUUACAAGAACAAUGUGACGGUGAUGGUUCCCCCUCUUAAGAAGGGUAAGAUGGGGAAUCACAUACUCGCACCAACGUCGCUGGACGAGGUUGCUUGUGGUAUUGAGGCGCAUGCUUUUGUAUUUAUGCCGGUCAAUUUCGGUGGAGUUCAUUGGGGAUGCAUCGUAGUGGACCGUGAAGCGCGGCUAGUGAAGACGUAUGACAGCAUGGGUGGGAAGAGAAACAAGAAACGGCUUAAGAAGAUGGCAAGCGAGCUCCUUGCAGGCCCCCUUGAGGAUGAAGCGUACAGCGACGUCGAAGUGACGGAGCCGAAGCAGACAGAUAGCGAUAGCUGCGGGGUGUUUGCGUGCCGUCUAUUGUGGACGUGCGUUGACAGCGAAGUGCCAAGUGAUGUGUCUCCCAGUGGCGUCACCAAGCUGCGUUGGGCAAUGCUGCACAAGAUCACCACGAUGAAGCGUAGCUAG